ACAGUGCAACUAUUUCAGUUAUAUUUUUAAUUAACGAUGCCAAGUACUUGUUGUUGUGUACCUGGAUGUCAUUUAAGAGGAGGACAUUCAUUUCCAAAUGACUUAAAAAGAAGGAAAAGUUGGAUCAACGCCAUUGCCCAUACGCAGAUUGGACGAGAACACGAUGAUAUCGUGGAGUCCAUCUCAAUCAGCUGUUGUUUGCAAGGCACGUUUUACUGAAAAAGACUACGUGCAGGAAACUAUUCAUGGGCACAAACCCACCAUACAGAGACUUAAGUCUACUGCCAAUCCCAGCCUAUUUUCCUGGACCAAGCAAGAGACUGAAUCGUCCGCAAAAAGAAAAAUCAGGGCAGUUUCCUGUGAAAACAAAAGAACUAAACUUGAUGAAUAUUGUAGUAGAAAUCUAGAGGAAAGUUUUGAUUGUAAAGUUGGUUUUCCUGAAGAGGUAAUUCAUACUGCAGACAGGAUUUAUGACUGUCCACCACCAACUGCCGAGCUAAUGUUGAGCUUCACAGAUGGAAUUACGCAAACACCAUCAAUGCCUAUAUUUUCAGCAGAGAAUUUUGAAAUGAAGACACGUGACACAGCCAUGCAUUUUUAUACCGGUUUAGAGUUGUAUACUAAAUUUUUAUUUGUUUUGACCACACUUGGUCCAACAGCACAUUGUUUGAGAUACAUAUAUUUUCAAAUUGAUAGGGUGUCAUUUGAAAAUCAGUUUUUUUAUGACUUUGAUGAAAUUGAUGCAUUAUACAACCAACCUUGAACUGUCUAGAUUCUAGAUUGAAACUAGUGUUAAGAAUAUUGUGUAAACAUGGAUUGUUUUUAUGUCUAAACAGUGGCGUGAGGCUAACACUUGGCCAUUUAGUGGUUUAGUCAGGUAUUUUUCGCCAUCCAACUUAGAAUUAAAGUUUCCUACAACUUGGAUUAUUAUUGACAGCACAGAAUAUCCCGUGAUAAAACCUAAAGCUCCUAGAGCUCAGGCAACCUUUUCAUCAUAUAAAAACAGAAACACUGAAAAUACUUGUAUGUUGGACACCUGGUGGUUUAGUCAACUAUGUCUCUAAUGCAUAUGUUGGUUGUACCAGUGACUGUGAAAUAGUUGAAAGAUGUAGAAUAGUUCAAUUAUGUGAUCCAGGUGACAGUGUGAUGGCAGACAAAGGUUUAAAUGUGCAAGAUUUGUUUGCUCACUUUUUUCAAAAAAAGAAACAGAAUUAGUUCCAAAACUCUUAUACGGGAUAGAAAAGUCUCCAAUUAACACGUGCACAUAGAGCUAAUUAUUGGACUUGUCAAAACAUACAAAAUUCUAAUAAAUCCUAUGAAUGGAACUGAAACAAAACUUUCAUCUGAAAUAACAUUUAGUUGUUUUAUGUUGUGUAAUUUUAGAACUUGUAUUGUGCCAAAGGAUGCAUAAAUAAAAGUGACGCAAUGAA